CCGACGUCACGGAGCGCGAGCGGCGGCUUCCAGUAAAUUCCUGCGCUCGAGCGGCUUGGCCCUCCUUGGCUGGAGAGAGGUGGUAGCAGCAGCAGCAGCAGUAAUGAUUAAAAACGGUGUAGCUUCCAGCGACAACUGCUCCCCGGAGAAGAGGAAGCGGACGGUUCGGGUCUGGUGUGAUGGCUGCUAUGAUAUGGUGCAUUAUGGUCACUCCAACCAGCUGAGGCAAGCACGUUCUAUGGGUGAUUACCUCAUUGUGGGAGUGCAUACAGAUGAGGAAGUUGCCAAGCACAAAGGUCCGCCUGUAUUUACACAGGAUGAACGUUACAAGAUGGUCCGUGCAAUUAAGUGGGUUGAUGAAGUCAUUGAAGGAGCACCGUAUGUAACAACACUUGAAACGCUGGAUAAAUAUAAUGCUGAUUUUUGUGUACAUGGAGAUGAUAUCACUUUGACUGCUGACGGAAAAGAUACUUAUGAAGAAGUGAAGAGAAUGGGCAGAUAUAGAGAGUGUAAACGCACACAGGGCGUUUCUACUACAGAUCUGGUUGGCCGAAUGCUGCUCAUGACUAAAGCUCAUCACAGUAACAUUGAAAAAAAUUCAGACUACCAGGAGCACACUGACAACUUUGGCAAGGGGCCGAAAGGUCACAGCCCCUGGACUGGAGUAUCUCAAUUUUUGCAGACUUCCCAAAAAAUUAUUCAAUUUGCUUCUGGAAAAGAGCCUGAACCAAAUGACACUAUAAUUUACGUGGCAGGAGCAUUUGACUUGUUCCAUAUUGGUCAUGUAGACUUUCUAGAAAAUGUCUACAAGUUGGCAGAAAGACCCUAUAUUAUUGUUGGUCUGCAUUUUGACCAGGAAGUGAAUCGAUACAAAGGAAAGAAUUACCCAAUAAUGAAUGUGCAUGAAAGGACACUAAGUGUACUGGCCUGCAGAUAUGUAUCAGAAGUAGUAAUAGGAGCGCCUUAUUCUGUGACUGCUGAUUUACUGGAUCACUUCAAGGUUGACUUAGUUUGUCAUGGAAAGACAGAAGUUAUCGCUGACAAGGAUGGUUCAGACCCAUAUGCUGAGCCUAAACGGCGCAACAUCUUCAAAUCCAUCAAUAGUGGGAAUGAUCUCACUACGGACCACAUUGUUCAAAGAAUAAUCAAGAACAGGUUACACUUCGAAGCAAGAAACCAAAAGAAGGAAGCUAAAGAGUUGGCAGCAAUAGAAGCCAUCAAGAAGAGAUGUGAUGAACGAACAAAAGGAAUCCUUGACACACAAUCUAGUGAAUAAUUCUAACCAUGCAUAACUGCUGACUUACACCAGUACACUUCAUUUAAUGAAUGGUUUUUCUUCAGCACUAUUUGUUUUAUGUUGACUAGAUUUUUGCAUUUUAGGUUUGCAGUGGGUUUAAUUGGUGAACCUUUCAAUAUUUUUAGUAAUUUAAUUUAAAAUAAUGGGAUACACUAAGGGGUAGUCUGUACUUUGUGGGCAUACUAAACCGGCUGCUUGUAAAUAUACAGAUAGUAUUUACAGUGCAGAGCUGUAAAAAUGUAAGUAUAUAAUUUUAAAAUUAUAUAUUCUAUUUGCAUAUAAUUGACCUGUAAAAGGUCUUAUAACGUAGACUUUACAAAUAUCUAUAAUACUUUUUUGGUGAUUUUGGAUUUUAUGUAACAUGCUGCUUUUCUAUUUAUGAAGAGAUUUUAAGAUGCAAUUAAAACUGGAGCAGUUUUGAUGUUUACGAAUGUCAGGAAAAUUUUGCUUUGUGUUUGAAAUAGUCAUAGUUUAUUUUUUAACCUCCUCCUUCAUCAUGGAAGAUGAGACCAUUUUAAUUGUCCCCCUCGCCCCCUUCACUCCAGCCCCCUUCAAAGAAAAACCCCCCUGCCACCUUCAGUCAAACCUCAAUGCUUCCUUUAUUAAAUUUUUUCCUUAGCAUGUCUGGUAGUUCUAAUUAUGGGCACAAUGCAUUCUGCCAGCAGUUUUAUUUCUUGGGACCAUACAAUAUUAUAAUAAAUGUCUGCAGUACAUAUUUAUUACAAUUAUUGAGAUCGAACAAUUGAAAUUUAAAUUUUAACUCUGCUUAUCAGCAGUUUAAAAGAAGAAAAUGUUCAAAGUUAAUUUUUUUUCCAACAUGUUCUGCACUAGCACUAUACUAAAUUUCUAGCUCUUGAGUUUUUAAUGCUUGAAAUUAUGAAAAAAAAUUUCUUAAAUUUUACACAGCACCCUCAGUCUUUAUCUCAUUGCAAUUACCAAAGGCAGAAUUGUAAAAUUGAGAGCCAGUGGCCUUUGAAACUGAACCAAUUGUGUCAUAAUGGUCAGCAUUCUGUCCAACAUAUACUAGUAAGUAAUAUUACUGUUGUAUUUGUCUUCAUACUUCUAGGAAGUAAUUUUUGCCUGAGAGGUUAAGUUUAUUGUUUAAAUUUUUAAUGGUUGCUUACUGUCAUUUUUAACCUGUUGAGUUUCCUUUGGAAUUAUUUUGUGCUAUAUGUAAAUACCCUACUUUGUGUUAACCUUGAACUUGUUGCAGUUUUAAUGAAUGUACAGUGUGGCAAAUGUCUGUAGAAGUUUUUGAAUUCAAUGUCUGCUUUUCUCCAAUGGUGCAUUAAAACAUGGCUGAGUAUUAUGUGCUGAUGUAACAAAUAAAUCAAUGCACAGGUUGUGUGUGGGACAGCUAUGAACUAGCAAUGUGCUGACUUCAGAAAAAUUGGAAUUAAUUUAA